AUGAAGAUUUUUUUCCUGCUGCCCCUUCUUGCCUGUGUCCUCCACACAGGACAGGGCAUGAUUUAUCAGCGCUGUGAGCUGGCUCGAGUGCUCAAAGAAAAGGGAUUAGACGGCUACGCUGGCUAUGGCCUGGCGAACUGGGUGUGCAUGGCUUUCCACGAGAGCAGCUACAACACGGCCGCCACACACUACAACGACUACGACGGCAGCACGGACUUCGGCAUCUUUCAGAUCAACAGCCGUUACUGGUGCCAGUACGGCUCUGAACAAAGUUCCAACAUCUGCGGGAUUCAAUGCACUGAACUACUGACAGAUGACAUCUGCCCAGAUGUGGCUUGCGCUAAAAUUGUCGUCACUGAAUCUGCAGAUGGAAUGGGAGCCUGGGUGGCAUGGAGGGCAUAUUGUCAAGGUCGGGACCUGUCUCAGUAUUUAGAAGGCUGCAACCUGUAA